CUCAUCUUCACGAAUCACUUCGAAGAAACCAUGGCGGAAGAGAAAAGCGGGAAGAAGAAGCAAGUGAUGGUGGCGAUCGACGACAGCGAUUGCAGUAAACACGCUCUCCGCUGGACGCUCGUCUAUCUCAAAGAAAGCCUCGCCGAUUCCGAGAUCAUCCUCUUCACCGCACAGCCUCAACUUGAUCUCAGCUCCGUCUACGCUACCUCUUAUGGCGCCGCUCCGAUUGAGUUGAUUAACUCAAUGCAACAGAAUUACAAAAACGCAGCGUUGAAUCGGCUUGAGGAAGGGACCAAGAUCUGUGCUGAGAGUGGGGUUACUCCAAAGAAGGUGAUGGAGUUUGGAAACCCUAAAGAAGCGAUAUGUGAUGCUGUUGAGAAGCUUGGUGUUGAUUUGCUUAUUGUUGGGAGUAAUGGUAAAGGGGCACUAGAAAGGACUUUCCUUGGAAGUGUUAGCAAUUACUGUGUUAACAAGGCUAAGUGUCCAGUUCUUGUGGUGAGGACAAAGCCUUGAAGACCCUUCUCUCGACAAGUUCAAGAACCGGUUUGCCGUAUGUGUGUUGUAAACAUAUUGAUAAUAAUGCUUGAUUUGUAUACUACUGUUUGAAGAAACUUUGUGAAUGCAAAUAAAUAUAUUAUUAGUUUGAUAAAUAACGAGAUUUGCUAUGCUCUUCUCUUUGUUCCAAUUUGUAGAUUUUAUAAUCUGAUAUAAUGACAGGAAACAGUACUUAAAACUAUCACAUGCUGAUAAACUCAGCUUAGCUUUGGCCGAAAAUCCUGUUUAGUGUUGCUGCUAGUCUCACUCCUCCCUGUGCCAAGCGCUGAUACACUAUCGGUAGGCGUGAAUAGAAGUAUUCAUCUGUGAAGAAUGACAUUAUUAAGUUCUUGUUAGCUUCUUAAGCUUCUUGAAUAAUCAAGAGUGUUUUUU